AAGUGCAGUGUGCUGGUGCAGAUUGGCACAGAGUCCUCUCAGCCAGCUGGAGAGAUGGCAACCCUUGAGGAGACUGUCACCGGGGCACAGAUUGUUGCAGAAGCUUUAGUAGCACAAAAUGUAAAGUACAUGUUUGGUAUUGUUGGCAUUCCUGUUAUAGAAGUGGCUAUUGCAGCCCAGGUAGCUGGAAUCAAGUACGUGGGGAUGAGGAACGAGCAAGCUGCCUGUUAUGCGGCUUCAGCUGUUGGAUACCUGACCGGUCGACCUGGUGUUUGUCUUUGUGUAUCAGGACCAGGUCUCAUCAAUGCUCUCAGUGGCAUGGCUAACGCCAAUAUGAACUGUUGGCCAUUAAUUGUGUUGGCGGGAUCGUCUGACACCAAUCAGGAAACAAUGGGAGCCUUUCAAGAAUUUCCCCAGGUUGAAACCUGUAGACUUUACAGUAAAUUUUCAGCCAGGCCAAGUAGCUUGGAGGCUAUUCCUAAUGUAAUCGAAAAGGCUGUGCGAACCAGUAUAUAUGGCCGCCCUGGUGCUUGUUAUGUUGAUAUUCCUGGAGACUUUGUAAAUAAGAGCAUUAGUACGAGUGAUGUGAGGUACCCUGAUUGCUGUUUACCAGCUCCCAUCAGUCUGGCUGAUACAUUUGAAGUGCACAAAGCGUUGCAGGUCUUAAAGAAUGCUCACCAACCCCUUGUAAUAAUAGGGAAAGGGGCUGCUUCUUCACGAGCAGAAAACAGCAUCCGAAGAUUUGUGGAAGACUAUGGACUUCCAUUUUUACCCACUCCUAUGGGUAAAGGAGUUGUACCCGACAAUCAUCCAAACUGUGUAUCUGCAGCACGAUCCAGUGCUCUGAAGAAUGCUGAUGUUAUAUUACUGCUUGGUGCUCGGCUUAAUUGGAUUCUGCACUUUGGUCUCCCACCAAGGUUUCAAGAAAAUGUGAAUAUUAUACAGGUGGAUAUUUGUGCAGAAGAGCUUGGUAAUAAUGUUAAACCUGCAGCCAGUCUCCUGGGGGACAUCGAUGCAGUGACUAAACAGCUUUUAGAACAUCAGCGCAGAACCACCUGGAAGUUCCCAUCAGAUUCUUCUUGGUGGAAGGACCUCAGGGCGAAAAUAAAGGCCAAUGAAGAAAAUACAAACGCUUUGGCAUCGCAAACCUCCCUUCCUAUGAAUUACUACACUGUGUUUCACCAUGUCCGAGAGGAGUUGCCUAGUAACUGCAUCAUUGUGAGUGAGGGAGCUAAUACGAUGGACAUUGGCCGGACCAUGCUUCAGAACUACCAACCACGACACAGAUUGGAUGCUGGCACAUUUGGCACAAUGGGAGUUGGCCUGGGGUUUGCCAUAGCAGCAGCAAUGGUAACAAAAGAACAGAGCCCUGAACAGCGAGUGAUAUGCGUGGAGGGAGACAGCGCCUUUGGUUUUUCUGGUAUGGAAGUUGAAACAAUGUGCCGAUACAACCUGCCCAUCAUUAUCAUAGUUGUAAAUAACAAUGGGAUAUACAGUGGAUUUGAUGAGGAUACUUGGGCUGAAAUGUUAAAGUCUGGUGAUCCAGAGUCUAUUGCACCUCCUCUUUCUCUUAAGCCAAAUGCUCACUACGAGCAGGUAAUGACUGCGUUUGGUGGGAAAGGAUACUUUGUUCGUACUCCUGACGAGCUACAACUUGCGCUAAAACAAAGUCUAGCCGAAAAGAGGUUGCCAUCGCUUAUCAAUGUCAUGAUUGAUCCGCAGUCAGACAGAAAGAAACAGGAGUUCCACUGGCUGACCCGUUCCAAUUUAUGAUUGAUAAAGUCAUAUCUGCAGGCCCAGAAGAUUGUAUUUUAGAUUUGAAAUUAUCCAAACCCUCCAGAAUUAAUAUCAAAUGUUGAAGCUUUCCUGCUCUUCUUUUCAAAACACCAGACUUGCAUUCUUCUGAGUAAAAUGUUAAUAAUAAUAAUAAUAAUAAUAAUAAUAAUAAUGGGAAAUAUGUCUAACAACUAAUUUCAAAUUUUUUUCUCUAAGCUGAUGCUUUACA